AUGGCAGGAUGUAGACCAAUCUUGGGAGUGGAUGGUGCUCACUUGAAGGCGGCUUAUCCAGGUAUUCUACUGACAGUUGUGGGGAAAGAUGGCAACAACAACACAGUAGCAUGGGCAGUUUUUGGAGUUGCUAAGAAAGGACAUAGCAACAGUUGCAGACUAUGUCACUUGGUUAUGCCUGAUGCAGACACUAGGUACUUCUGCAGGCACAUUUGGAGCAACUUCAAGAACAAAUUCCCUGGGACCGUCUACAAAGAGCACUUUUGGAAAGCUACAAGGUCAACCACAGAGCAUCACUUCAAGCAGCAUAUGCAAGAGAUCAAAAAGCUAAGUGUAGAAGCCUUUAACUACUUACAAGCCAUUCCACCUGCUCAUUGGUCAAGACACAAAUUCAGCUACUUCUCCAAGUCAGGUAUGCUCUUGAACAAUUGUUGUGAGAGCUUUAACAAUGUUCUCAAAGAAGCUAGAACCAAGCCUAUUCUGCAGUUGAUGGAGUGGGUAAGAAGAUAUGUAAUGGGAAGGUUUUUUGCAAAAAAGGAAGGGCUAAAAUCUUUCGCUGGUGUGAUCAUGCCAACUAUUCUGAAAAUGGUGCAUAGAGGUCUGCAACGAGUGUCCAACAUGAGAGUAAGUCAAGCUGACUUAAUGGAGUUUGAAGUUGAUGACUCAGAAGACACUUAUGUUGUCAAUUUGGAAACCAAAGCUUGUAGCUGCAACAGAUGGACACUUAUGGGGCUUGACAUUGAGAACUUCAUCCACCCAGCUUAUCAUGUGGAGACCUACACCAAGACAUAUGCUCCAACUUUUAAAGCAAUGCUAGGUCAUCAUCAGCAGUGGGAAGUCACUCCUUAUCCCAGGCCAUUACCUCCUGUACACAGAAACUUACCUGGAAGGCCUUCAAGUAAGAAGAGGAAGAAUGAAGCUGGAGAAGAUAAAGAGAGGAAGAAUGUCAAGAGGGCAAAGGUGCAAAAUAAAUGCUCUAAUUGUGGUGGGUUGGGGCAUUACAAGAAUAAGUGUCCAAGCCCACCUAUUGAUAAGCCAAAGAGGAAGCCUGGAAGACCAAAGAAAGUUGCAGCAGCAGGGCAAGCAGUAGCAGGCCAAGCAGCAGGAGCUACCUCAUCACAACAACUGAGUCAAUCAGCCCAAGCUUCACAACACUCCAUCUCAUUGUUUGCACCCUAA